AUGGGGUUGUCGGACCUCGUCCAGUCCAUGGUUGUGUACGCCGCCUGUUUGUUCUUGUCCUACCUCUUCCUGCUUCUCAGCUAUCGGGCCACUUUCCAUCCUCUGAGCAAGUAUCCAGGGCCAUUUUUCGCAAAAAUCUUGGACGGCUAUGGGGGUGUAUUUGCCGCGUCAAGAAGACUGCACUUGGUCACCUAUGAGAACCACAUGAAAUAUGGACCCGUGGUGAGACAAGGGCCUAAUCGGCUGGUAUUCAACACCGCCAGUUCACUACACGAUGUCGACGUGCACAGGAGGAAACGCAAGAUUGUCAGUCAGCCCCUGACGGAGAAGGCUAUGCGAAAAUUCGAGCCCGUCAUGUCUGAGCAAAUCGACGUGUUCGUCCAGCAGCUUCACACCUCGGCAGCUCGGUCGGAGCCCAUCAAUAUGACACAGCGCUGUAUGUGGCUCGGCGGCGAUAUUGUUGGACAGCUGGCAUUCGGCUACUCCCUCAGACAGCAGACGGAUGACGCGAACCGGUGGCUACAGCCCGGACUGGCGUUGGCGAGCGCGCGAAUCAACGUCUACAUGCAAGCGCCUGUCGUUCGAAAGCUGGAACCUCUCCUGAAAGUGCUUGUCAAGAAGGCACGCGCAAAGUAUGUCAACAUAACAACCGACAUGAUCAAGAACCGCCUGACUAUGGAUAAGCAUGCCAAGCACGACCUGUACUCCUUUGCUGUUGACGACAUGGGAGGCAGCGUCGGUCUUGCCAACAGCGAACUCUGGGCCGAGGCCUUCUUUUUCAUCGUCGCCGGAGGCAACACUACUGCGACCACCAUGAGCGCCAUGUUCUUCUACUUGUCGCGGAAUCUGGCGUGCUAUAAGAAGCUGGCUCAUGAGAUCCGGUCCGCUUUCAAGUCGGCCGACGAGAUCCACCCCGGCGAUCAACUUCGGAGCUGCGUAUACCUUCAAGUCUGCAUCAGCGAGACGCUCCGCUGCGCAACGCCGAACACGGGGACCUUGUGGCGACAGCAGCUGGCGGACGACAAAGAGCCCCUCAUCAUCGACGGCCAUGUCAUACCUCGAGGUACCGACCUUGGCGUGAAUCUUUAUGCCAUCCACCAUAACGAAGAGUAUUUCCCAGACCCGUUCGUUUACCGGCCCGAGCGCUGGCUAGAGUCCGAGACGUCGAAGGAUCAGCUGCAAAAGAUGAAGAACGCCUUCGCCCCUUUCAUUCUGGGUGCCCGUUCAUGCCCGGGGAAAUCCGUCGCGCACAUGGAGAUUAACCUCACGUUUGCCCGCACUCUCUGGAACUUCGAUUUCGAGGCCGCCCCUGGAGAAGAAGGUAAGCUCGGGGCAGGAACGGCUGGGAGAACCGAUGGGAGGCAUCGCGAGGGCGAGUAUCAGCUGUAUGAUACCUUUUCGGCCAUGCAUGAUGGACCGUCCUUGAAGUUCUAUGCCAGAGCAUAG